AUGGGCGACGCAGGCCUUCCAGCAUCCCUCCGCGCCAGCGUGGAGGCCACCAAGGUGUCUUACACGCAGCUGGGCAGCUCUGGGUUGAGAGUGUCGAUUCCCAUCCUUGGGGCUAUGUCUUUUGGCCACAAAGAUUGGCAGCCAUGGGUGGUCGAUGACGAAGAGGAGGUAGACAAGUUGCUCAAAGGCGCCUAUGACCGUGGCCUCAACACAUGGGACACUGCCAAUGUCUAUUCGAAUGGUGUCUCCGAAGAACUCAUUGGUAAGACGAUCAAGAAACACAACCUGCCACGCCACAAACUCGUUCUCUUGUCCAAAGCAUACGGCACUGUUGGCGAGGAACCCGGCGUUCUCCACAUCAAGUGGGGUGAGGAAAUGAAACAAUCCAAGGACUAUGUCAACCAGGGAGGUCUGAGUCGGACCGCGAUUUUCAACGCAGUCGAUAGGAGUCUAGAGAGAUUGGGGACUACGUACCUUGACCUACUGCAGAUUCACCGGUUUGACAAGACGGUUCCGGUUGAGGAGACCAUGAAGGCGCUGCAUGAUCUUGUUACCUCAGGCAAGGUCAGAUAUAUCGGAGCAUCAAGCAUGUGGGCUUACCAGUUCGCCAAGAUGCAACAAGUCGCGGAAAAGUACAACUGGACGAAAUUUAUAUCGAUGCAGAACCACUACUCGCUGGCGUACCGUGAGGAGGAGCGCGAGAUGAACCCAUAUUGUAUUGAGACUGGUGUUGGACUUAUUCCCUGGGCUCCUUUGUACCGGGGCCUGCUGGCGCGGCCACUGGGAACCAAGGCCACCGCCCGCGAGGAGAGCUCGAAAGGCAACCCUAUGUUCUCCGGUCUUACCGCCGAGGAUCAGGAGAUCAUCAAGCGUGUCCAAGAGCUUGCGGACAAGAAGGGCUGGAAGAUGUCUCAUGUCGCACUGGUUUGGAUCAUCCAGAAGAAGACAAUUCCCAUCGUGGGUUUCAGCAAUCUUAAGCGUUUGGAUGAGGCCAUCGGUGUGAGGGGAAAGACUCUGUCUGACGAUGAGGUCAAGUAUCUUGAGGAGCCUUACAAGCCAAAGGUCAUUGUUGGCCACUCAUGA